CGCACUAAUCCACCUCUGCCAUCUCGUGUUAUCCUCAUCCAAGGACUACAAGAUAUUAGACUUCAUGAAAGUAACGGAGAGAUAGAGCCCUAUGCCUGUCUAAGUCACUGCUGGGGCAAGAAACGUAUCAUCAGGACGACUACAUCUAAUCUGUCGCUCCACAAGCAACAAAUCAAGUGGGGCCAGCUCCCUCUCACAUUCCGGCAUACUGUGUCCUUUGCCCAUCGCCUUGGCUUAAAGUAUCUCUGGAUCGACUCACUGUGCAUUAUUCAAGAUGAUGUCGAUGACUGGCGCCACGAAGGAAGCAAAAUGGCUCAAAUAUAUUCAGGGGCGUACAUUACACUCGCUGCUGCAGCGUCUCGAGAUGCAUCAGGUGGCUGUUUCCGUCACAGCGCCGAACGUCCUCUCUUCCGCCUUCCAUACCCGGACGAAAAUGGGUCAAGGUUAGACCUCUGCAUCCGGCCAAGAAUAAAGAACGCCAGCUGGGUCGAAGGCAAAGCACCCUUGCUACCUCGCGGAUGGACAUUGCAAGAACGACUGCUUUCUCCACGAAUCCUGUAUUUCACGCACGAAGAGCUUGUCUGGGAUUGCAAGACCGAGAAUGAUUGCGAGUGCUCCAUUCCACCCCCCUUUGCCCCACUCUCAAAUAUAUGUAGUCUUUUCUGGCUCAACGGCGAGCUGCAUGUUCCCAAUGAUGGCAACCACAAGAAUAUCCCGAAAGCAUGGCACCAGAUCGUCGACCAAUACACUAACCAACGCCUUACGUAUGAAAAGGAUAUUUUCCCCGCCUUGCAAGGUAUAAGCAAGAUGUUCUCUACGUACACCAAAUCCCGCUAUCUUGCUGGUCUGUGGGAAGACACAGUCAUAUCAGAUUUGCUGUGGAUACGUUAUAGGGGAGACUACAAGCGGCCACAAACAUGGCGUGCGCCGUCCUGGUCCUGGGCCUCUGUUGUAGGUAACGUAUACUGGGACAACCGGGUCAACGACAUGUUUUUCCGCACCCUCGCUACGUGUAUCGCCGCAGAGAUACAGCUAGCUGACGCUGACGCCUUUGGAGAAAUAACAUCUGCCAGUCUCACGCUGAGUGCUCGCUGUUUCUCCAAGGCAGCACAAGAGCUAUGGCUGCCUCUCACGUAUACACAGACAGACAGUGUGUUGUGGGUUGAUCUAGGUAAACGUGCUUGGAGCCAACAUGGCGCUGAUGCCACUGUUGUUCUCGAUUGCAAAGUACCGGAUUUCGACCCGACGAGGCCGCAUAGCAAGAUGCUGGGCUCAGAGACGUGUGUCAAGACGGUCGUUAUGGCGCAGUAUUACUCACAAGACUCUAACUUGUCCGAGUUUCAUUGUUUGCUGCUGCGAAAGACAACGGAGGAAGGUGGCCGGGCUACGUACGAGCGGUUUGGAUACUUGAGGGUGAAGGCGCGAGAUGUGCAUCUCGAUGCAUCCAAUCUUCCCUUGGAUGAAGACGAGACUUUGUACAUUGUUUAA